CGAAGAGCUAAAUCAUGGAAUGGAAUCUUAAAUGGAACUAUACCUGCCCCAAUAUGCCCACAGUUUCAUUAUGAAGAUCUUGUGGGUCAGGAAGAUUGCCUCUAUCUGAAUGUGUACACCAAAUCAAUUGAUAAAAAAAGUAAGCGACCAGUAAUGGUUUAUAUUCAUGGCGGAGGUUAUUAUGUUGGCUCAGGAAAUUCAUUGUCAUAUGGUCCCGAAUUCCUUAUGACUGAAGACAUUGUUCUGGUGACUGUUGAUUACCGUUUGGGGUAUCUGGGCGCGCUAAGCUUUGAAGAUCAAACUCAAGGUGUUCCUGGCAAUGCUCAUUUAAAGGAUCAAGUAAUGGCCCUCCAGUGGAUACAAGAAAAUAUUGAACAUUUUGGUGGAGAUCCACAUUUGGUUACUAUAUUUGGUGAAAGCGUUGGUGGCGCUAGUGUGCACAUGUUAAUGUUAUCACCGAUGUCUAAAGGACUUGUUCAUCGAGUCAUUGCUCAAAGCGGAUGCGCUUUAAACACUUGGAAUCGUGGAAAUCUUGGGACGGGUAAUAAAAUUGCGGAGAUUUUUAAAAUUGAUGAGAAGUCCACAGCUGAUAUUAUCAAAAAACUACAACAAAUUCCAAUGAAGGAGUUUGUAACAAAAAUACAAUCUCCUGGAGAAUUGGGCGUGAGAGUUGAUGUUCCUAUAGACUAUUCACCAGUGAUUGAAACACAAACCAACGAACCAGCAUUCAUUCCAAAACCAAUCAUAGAAAUGAUUUCAGAAGCGAGCAACAAUGUCCCGCUAAUGUUAGGUUACAACAACAAUGAUACGUUAAUUUUUCAAGUUCAAAAACGCCUUUACACUGGAACUGCUUUUAUAUUUGACAAUCUCAACGAAACUAUUCCCGCUGAUCUUGACUUAUCCCAUGAUGAAAGACUAAAUUUACUUGCAUCAAUCAAAGAUACUUUCUUCAAAAACGGACAAAUUGAUCUGACGACCAACAUCGGAGCUAUUUCAGAGUAUGGCUUAGGACCUUGGUUUGUCACUGGAUACUUACAAUCGAUUCAAAAACAUCUUGCCGCUAAUCAUAACGUAUACUUCUAUGUAUUAUCAUCGGACACCACUUUAAAUUUCUUCAAACGCAUGCAUCCAGUCACAGGUACAUAUCCAGGAGCAAGUCAUAUGGACGAGUUGGGUUAUUUAUUCAGAACGCCUUACGCGCCAUGUUUCAAGCGUGAUUCUUUAGAAGAGAAAAGUUUUCGACAAGCUGUUAAAGUCUGGACAAAUUUCGCACGUUAUGGAAAACCUGCAUCCGAAGAAGAUACCUUUAAAUCUAUCAAAAUAACUGAUUUAAAUGACAUUGUUUACAUAAAUAUUAUUAAUGAUAAAGUGGUGAAUAGUAAUGAGCCACAUAAAAAAGUAUGGGACUUUUGGCGCAAUGUUUAUAAAACACAUAAACGAGUUUCAAAUUGAGGUCUAUAAAGUAAUUAAUAAAAUAUAAUCUUGAGUUAAAAGUACAAUUAAAAGUUUCAAAAGUCAUACGCACAAUAUGUUUAUUUUGAGUGUUUAUAAAUAAUUUAUGCAAAUAUAUGCAUAUGAACAA